AGUGGUAGUGGGGUCCUUAAUGGUGCAUGAAAAAUAAAGCAAAUCGCAAAGCCAGAGAAGAAUAAAAAGCCUUUCUCCCGGGGCCAGUCCAGUUCAUUGUAGAGAGCAGACACCAACACCAAACCUUAAAAUUAUUUUGCCCCUCUGCUUCUCUCUCUGUCUUUCUCAGAAGACAACUCAAAAAAACCAUGGACGUGGGUCAGAUGCAGAGACAGUGGAUCGACUACACCAAAUCCCUCUUCCUUGAGGGCUUCCUGGAUGGUCAGUUUCUGCAACUUCAGCAGCUUCAAGAUGAGAACAACCCUGACUUUGUGGUCGAAGUUGUCUCUCUCUUCUUUGAAGAUUCUGAAAGGCUUCUCAAAGAUCUCACCUUUGCCCUAGAUCAGAAUGGUGUUGACUUCAAAAAAGUUGAUGCUCAUGUGCACCAGUUAAAGGGUAGCAGUUCAAGCAUAGGCGCGCAAAGGGUGAAAAAUGCCUGCAUUGCUUUCCGCAACUUCUGUGAGGAGCAGAACACAGAUGCGUGCCUCAGAUGUCUGCAACAAGUGAAACAAGAGUACUGCAUAGUCAAGAAUAAGCUUGAAACAAUGUUCAGGCUUGAGCAACAGAUUGUGGCAGCUGGUGGAUCAAUCCCUACGGAACUGAGUUUCAUUGGGUGACUGAGAGGGUUUGUAGAGAUGCUUGUAUUAUGAUCCUCUUUGUUAAAGAUUAUCCUUUAUCUUAUUAAGUCCAUGGUGAAUGUAUGGGUUUUUAUAAAGAUAGAAGUUUUCCAUCCAAUGUACCUUUUUCUUCACCAAAAAGCUCUUCAUAAUUUGUAAUCUCUUGCAUGCUUUAAUGAAGGAUGAUAGCACCAUUAAUUGAACUUUCCUCUUUUAUCUCUCUUCCAAACAAGGAAGAAAA